UAAACAUUAUGUUGGUUUAGUAGUUCGUUUUGAUGAACUAAGUAGCUGUGAUAAUACUGAGCUUCUUUUCACCGCUGAAAUAUUGAAAUAUCGUGAUGCGUUGUUGACACGUCGUGUAUGUGUAAGUCCAGUGAAAAAUGGCAAGUACUGAAAUAGAACGUGCCCACGGGACAUCUCUAAAAAAAGGGAAACUCUCCGAAAAAGACUUAUUAGCCAAAUUCCCAGACUCAGGACCAUUGGAUAUUGAAAACUUCGCGAAUUUCAUGAAAUCCUCAAAAGAGAUAUUCUACGAAAAAUGGUCGCUGCCAAGUUCAUUUUUCAAAAGACCCGCUUCUUUGGAGGAGUUCGUGAAAUUAAAGCUGUUAGGCAAAGGAUCGUUCGGGUUUGUCGCCUUAGCUAAGCACAAACCGUCAGAAAAACUGUACGCUUUGAAAUGUGUGGAUAAGGACGAAGUGAUCAAACAUCGGCAAGUGGAGAAUCUCAAGACGGAACAAGGCUUGAUGCAGUGUAUAAACUACCCUUUCACCAUAUAUUUGAUUUACACGUUUAAGGACAAUUGUUACAUAUACUUUGUUCUUCCCUUUGUCGAAGGAGGAGAUCUUUACAGACACAUGCAGGCCAUCGGUCCAGGAAGCGAGGAUCAGGCGAGAUUCUACGCCUGCCAGAUAAUCCUAGCGUUGGAAUAUCUUCACCACUUGGACUUUGUCUACAGAGAUUUGAAGCCAGAGAACAUUUUGCUGGACCACACAGGGUAUUUGAAACUAGCAGACUUUGGAUUCACCAAACGUUUAAAGCGUCGUCUAAGAACCUACACUCUCUGCGGCACCCCUGAGUACAUGGCUCCAGAAAUAAUCUUGAACAAAGGUUACGGGAAGUCAGUUGACUGGUGGGCUGCAGGAUGUUUUAUCUACGAAAUGGUCGCAGGAGCAACGCCUUUCGUGGCGAGCGACGCUGGAAGAAUCUAUGAGAAAAUAAUUUACGGAAAGAUUAAAUUUCCUCAAACUUUCAGCCAGGGACUGAAAGACUUGGUGGGAAAGAUGGUGCAAGCCGACCUGUCCAAAAGAUUCGGGAACUUGAAAAACGGAGCCAACGAUAUUAAAGAGCACAAAUGGUUUUUGGCGACGAACUGGUUGGCCGUGUUGAACAGAAAGUGUGAAGCACCGUAUAGACCGAAGAUUGGAUCGGUUAAAGAAGAUGGAACGACGCCUUGGAAACUACCAAAGGAAGGUAAAGUUGAGAAAUAUUCUAAGGAAUUUGAAGAUUUUUAAAAUCCACAAUUCAUUCAGUUGUAAAAAAAACUCGGUUACUCAAUAAGGCUGUAACUUCUACCUGAAGAAUUAUUAUUAACUAUGUGGCGAAUGAAUU